AUGUUAGUUCUUGCUUUAGCAGACGCUCAUAUUCCUGAUCGAGCCAUUGAUAUUCCAGAUAAAUUUAAGAAGUUAUUAAACGUUCCAGAUAAGAUUUCACAAGUGUUACUGUUGGGAAAUUGCACGAAGUCACAUAGUUUUAAUGAAUUUAUUUCAAACAUUUCACCAAAUGUAGCUGUUGUUCGUGGCGAAUUCGAUAAUGCAACAUACCCUGUAGUACAGAAAAAGAAUAAUAAAGAACAGGUAGUAAAUGUGGAUAUUCCAAUGAGUGCUGUGAUAAAAGUAGGAGAGUUUAAAAUUGGGUGUUACAGUGGCUAUACUAUCAUUCCAAAAAAUGACCCUCUGUCGAUGCUUGCUGUUACUAGGCAACUCGAUGUGGAUAUUUUGCUAUGGGGUGGCACACACAACGUUGAGGCAUACACAUUAGAGGAUAAGUUUUUUGUCAACCCUGGGAGCUGCACAGGGGCAUUUAAUACUGAUUGGCCAGUCAACUUGAACAACGAUGAUGAACAAACAGAAUUAAAUAAUGAUAUUCCCGUAUCGACGUUAAAUGGUAAAGAUGCCUCUGUGGAAAAACCACCUACUGCAACUGAGCCCACUGCUGAUGCAAAGGGGAGCGUUACAGAUGAAACAACGGAAGAUACGUUAGUGAAAGAAGGGAAAGAUAAGGAUACUAAUAUAAUGACAAACAGCGAUGUGAAGGAUAGCGAAAAUGAAAACGAAAAUAGUACAAUUAAUGGAAAUGUUACGUCGGAACUCUCAUUAGAUCUUGAUAUAUCAGAGUUCGAUAUAGACGGUUCAAAUGUUCCAAGUUUUUGUCUGCUUGACAUCCAAGGAGCCACAUGUACGUUGUAUAUAUAUCUGCAUAUAGAUGGGGAAGUAAAGGUUGAUAAAGUUGUAUACGAAAAAGUAUAUAAUUAG